CCUUGAUUGAAUUGAUGUGGCUCAUAAACUAGCAAAUUCCAUCCAAACACAACUUACUAUGCAGACCAAAGGAUGCAACGAAACAACCAAACAAGACGAAUCGAAUAUCAUUUACAAAAUCAACUACAAUAACUGUAGUCAACACUACACUGGACAAAGUGGUCAUCCUCUUCACCUUUGUCUACAUGUGAACACCAAUUGGCUAUUAAACGUCACACACGACAUUUCAUCACUCAUUUCAAUACACGUGGAUAACAACUACUCACAUGAAUUGAAUCUUGACAAUGUAGAAAUGUUGAAGGGAGAGAGGAAACACAAAGAAUAUGACAGAAUUCCUAGAAGCUUGGCAUUCAGCUCAGCUAGUCAUAAAGUUGAGAGGUCAAGGAAAGGAACAGCUAACAGGAAAAUCUAUGCAAUCAGUCAAUGACACAAUAAUCAAAGAAAACAAUCAAUCACUGACAAACCAGUUCGUCAGGACCAGCUUCUAAAUCACUGAAGGAGAGAUAUGGAGAGCUCACUUCAUACUGAAGUUAUUGCUGUGAAUGAUGUUGUCUAGCAAGACAAUGAAAGCUUCAUGAUUCAACAACCCAGCUAAGAGAACAUGAUACAAUCAAGUCUUCAGUGUUAUUUCAUUCAAUCUUCUUAUUUGAUCUCAGUUAACGUGUUUAUUGGUUCUGUCCUGUUCUCAUCCCUUUAUAAUUCAUAUUUAACC